GGGGCGGGGCAGCCCCUGGCCGUGCCGCCGCCGCAGCCACCGGGCGAUCUCCAAGCGGCGAUCUCCAAGCGCUGCUCGGCUCGGCCGCGGGCCAGGAGGGAGGGUCCGGCCUUGCCCCGCAGACGUCCAUUGGCGGCUUCCCCCGGCCUCCGCGCCAUGCCGCGGGCCGUGUGAGCCGGCGUGGGCUCGGGAGCCUGCAGGUGUCCGCGGGCGCGCCAGGCCCGGUUGGGGAGGGGGCGCUGCGCUCGUCAUGCUGCGAGGGCCCCGGGCCCUGGCUCCUGCGGCUGGGCCGCCCCCGAAGGGGCUGCCCGCGAUGAGCCCCACCGAGCUGUGGUCGCCCGGCCUCAGCAGCCCUCAGCUCUGCCCGGCCACCACCACCUACUACACCACGCUGUACCCGCAGACUGUGCCUCCCCCUGCGGCGCCGCCGGGCACCUGCCUCGACGCCACCCCACACGGACCCGAGAGCCAAGUUGUACGAUGCGUGCCGGCUGGCCGGCUGCCGGCCAAAAGGAAGCUGGACCUGGAGGGAAUCGGCAGGCCUGCGGUCCCUGAAUUCCGGACUCCCAAGGGGAAGAGCGUUAGAGUGGAUGGCCUCCCCAGCCCCAAAAGUAUCAGGUUCCCUGUUUGGACAAUGGUGGUGAAUGACCCCUGCCUCAUAGUGCUCUGUAAACUGGAAACCCCCAAAUCCCCCGGCGAGAAGACUCGGUAUGACACGUCGCUGGGGCUUCUCACCAAGAAGUUCAUUUAUCUCCUGAGUGAGUCCGAGGAUGGUGUCCUGGACCUGAACUGGGCUGCUGAGGUGCUGGACGUGCAGAAGCGGCGCAUCUAUGACAUCACCAACGUGCUGGAGGGCAUCCAGCUCAUCCGCAAGAAGGCCAAGAACAACAUCCAGUGGGUAGGCAGGGGAAUGUUUGAAGAUCCCACCCGGCCUGGGAAGCAGCAGCAGCUGGGGCAGGAGCUGAAGGAGCUGAUGAGCAUGGAGCAGGCCUUGGACCAGCUCAUCCAGAGCUGCUCUCUGAACUUCAAGCACCUGACCGAGGACAAGGCCAACAAGAGACUGGCCUAUGUGACUUACCAGGACAUCCGUGCUGUCGGCAACUUUAAGGAGCAGACAGUGAUCGCUGUCAAGGCUCCUCCGCAGACAAGACUGGAGGUGCCCGACAGAAGUGAGGAGAACCUGCAGAUAUAUCUGAAGAGCACGCAGGGGCCCAUCGAAGUCUACCUGUGCCCCGAGGAAGUGCAGGAUCCAGACAGUCCUGCCAAGGAACCCCUCCCCUCCACCUCCACCCGCAGCCCCAGCCCUGACUCCAUUCAGCCCAGCAGCAGCACCGACCCCGGGACCCUGAAACCCACGGCAUCCCCAGCGCCAGCGCUGACUCCCCAGCAGGUCCCACCGCCGCCACCACCAUCCCUUGUCCCCCUGGAGGCCACUGACAGCAUGCUGGAGCUGCCACACCCUCUUCUGCAGCAGACUGAGGACCAGUUCCUGUCCCCGACCCUACCGGGCAGCUCCCCUCUGAUCAGCUUCUCCCCGCCCUUGGACCAGGAUGACUACUUGUGGGGCCUGGACGGUGGUGAGGGCAUCAGUGACCUCUUCGACUCCUACGACCUCUCGGAACUGCUGCUUAAUUGAGUGGCCCUGCCUGUCCCCUGCAGCCCUGCUCCUGUCUCUACCUCCUCCCAGACAGACUGACAGGUCCUCUGCCUGUGCAGGGACGUUGGACACAAGGUGCUGCCGUCAGGAUCUGGGGGUCUCCUCCUCUCCUUUUCCGCCUCCCUGCUGGCCGAAGUGUCUCGCGGGGGCGGUGUGGAGGCCGCAGGUGAGGAGUGUAUCAGGCGUCGGGUCCUGACCUUCCUAGUGGAAGCUGGGCCUGGGAAGGCCUAGCCAGUCUUCUGACCUCUGACCUCUCAUGUGAAGGGCCACAGGUGAGGUGGCUAGGUAUAAGGAAAGGUCCUGCCACUGCUUUUUGAGGGGUAAUUAGGACCCUCGAUUUAUCAAGAAGCACUUAAUACCUUUGUAUUUAUUUCAGGUGGAGUUUUGUUUGUUUGUCUUCCCUGAGUUUUAGCAGGGAGAUUGUUCUAGUUUCUAGUAAGACUUCUCCUCCGACAGGCCCAACGCUGUCCACGGGCCAAGGGCAGGCCUAGGCCUGGCCGGGCCAACUCCCUGAUUUGUGCUGGUGGCUGGGGCUGCGUCUCGGAGGGGCCGGCCGUCGGCUGAAAUGCUGAUUGCUCUUCGGCCCCAAGGUUCUGUCGCGGCUGCAGCUGCAGGCCCUGUGGCCUCUCCUGCUCUCAGCUUGCCGACUCUAGCCCCACAUUCCUGGUCUCCUCUGUCCCAGAGAUGGUUCCAGGGCGCCCUGGGCUUCUGAGGAAACUGGAGCAGCCAGUUAAGGAGACCCUCUUCCUGUGGAACCCCUUACCUCUUGCCUUAGAAUGUAAAACACCAUCCUCCGGGGGGUCAGCAGAGAAGUGCCCCUGUGGAAACACGGACAGGAAUGUGGAAGCAGCUGUAACAGCUGCCGCGGGCACCUGUCCUCGGCUCUGCCUCCCUCUGGGAUGGGGCUGUUUGAUGCUGAGGACCCGGGCAGCUCCACCCCAGAGAAGGGUGGGAUGAAAACCAGAAACUGCCAGAAAGUUCCCGCCCUGGUAGCUGCCAGUAUUGUCCUCCCGUUCCCUGGAAGGAUCGUUUUUUUGCCAUGUUUGUUGAAGGGGGGUGAUUCUUUAAGGACCUCCUGUUCCCCCCAGCUCUCCCAUAGACCCCCCCCCAGGGACAGAGGUGACCAGGGCUUGAUGGCAUGUUGGCUCCUUUUGUCACAGGAAUGCUGAAGGGGUGACAGGGACGAGUCUUCCUUGCAGACCAGCUAAUGGGGAGAUGGGCUCGUGUUACCUCUUCAGGCUUGGGGUCCUGAGAAGGUCUGGCCUCACCCCAUCCCCCAGAGGCUUGACCAUCCCACACUGUCCCUGUAGCCCAGCUGGGCAAGGGGGACACAACUCUCCCCUUUGACCCAGCCUGGGAUGGGGGGUGCUCUGGGCUGAACCAAGGCUGUGCCUUCUGGAGAGAGGCAGCCAGGGGUGGUGGUCUCAGAGGCCCCCGCCCACCCUCAGGGAGCUAGGUUUCCUCAGGGGCUCAGCUGGGCAGCACUUUUUGUUUAAGUUUGUAGCAUUAAGUUGAUUUAAAAUAUGAAAUUGGCCUCGUAAGAGAGCUCCUGAGCUCACCAACUGGCAUCUGAAUUUUGAGAGGUGGGCUUCUUUGGGGGUGGGGUCUGAUGUGAGCUAAUGUCCAGCUUGGGACAGUGGUGCCUUGUCAUUUGCUCCGUUUCCUGGGCUCCCAAGUUAGGGCCCUCUCUGGAAUGGCCAUCAGGUCACAGAUGCCCCGCUCUAUAGACAGGGCUAAUUUUGUAUGCUUUACAGAAAUGCCGUUAAUCUCCCCUCCCCAGAUACUCACAGGGGUCUCAUCAGAAGCCUGUUUUGAAGUUCAAGAGGCCAAGGGCCAAGGGACCACCUUGACCUUUGGGCGGGGGUGAGGGGAGCUGCAUGGGCUCUGGUUUGGGGCAUGUGGGACUGAAGAUGGCCUUGCUGUUCUGAGGUCUCCGCUGGGCUGCCGUUUAGCCAUGCACCAUCUCUGAGGACAGAGAUGUUUGACUUCCAUGCCGUGGAUUGUCUAGAACUUUCUCCUGGAAUAGAGAAAAGAGAGGCCUGCAGGAUCCACCGGGAAUGAGUUUAAUGAUGAAAUCUGGCCAGAAUUCAAGCUCUUUGAAUGCCCAGCCAUAGGGCUGGACAGAGGGGCUGCCCCUUGGGCCCAUGGCCUGUAUCCUGAGCAGCUGCCCCUGCCCCCUCCUGUGCUGUCCUCUCCACACCCUGCCUGGCCCAGGGGCUGAACCGCCCAGGCCAAGCCUCAGGCUCAGGAUGGGAAAGAAGCUCUUACGUCUUCCUUGCCAGUGACGCUUGGAACCUCCCAUGUUCCAGUGCUUUAAGAAUGCAUUUGGAGUGGUAUUUCCUUUAGGGGCCAGGGAAACUUUAAAACCAGGGCAGAAGGAAAGCCAGUUUUUUCUGAAGUACAUUAUUUCUGCCAGGAAAUUUCCCAGCCCACCAGCAGCCCCCAAGUCACCUGUGUCCCCGGGGCAUCAAAGGCCCCGGGGGCUCCAGGGAACCCGGUAGCAUUAAAUUGUUCAGUAGAGUUGGGGAUUCAAAGAGAUGGCUUGACACCAGGGACGUGCUCCUGUGUCCCUUCCCGCUAAAAGUGUUGGCUCCACCUUAGCGGCGUCCCCUCCCCACGGCAAUGCUGUGGGCUGACUAGCGUGGCUGCAGGAAGAAGAGCGAGAUGGUGCAGCUCGUAAAAGCGGCUCCAGGAUGGUUUUGACUUUAUUUUCUCUCCCCAGGUGUUCUCAGCUUCAGUUCCGCACAGUGUUUAGAGUUUUUAGUGAAAGAGUUUGGGUGUCCCCUCAUCCGAGCGCUGUGUGGCUUAGUGCAUUUGAAGGGAAAGCUUUUGGGGUUGUUUGCAAGCAGCUUUCUGGUUCUCAUCAUUGUGUCCUGAGGUCCCCAACUCAUCCUGGGACCCUGUUCUCCCAAAGGAUCCUCAGUGACCAGAAGCCCGGCCAGCCUCCUGGCUCCUGGGUAAGUGAAGAAGCCUUGUAUGUGGCACACGUCUCAAGGGCGAGUGGGUCCUGUGCUAGGGCUCCACACGGGUCACUUACCGCUGGCCUGGUUUCGCCUGGGUCCUGCCUCGAUGAGCACUGUGUAAACCUCCUCAUGUUGUGAUAAUCGGGCAUUAAAUGGCAACUCUGGGC